AUGUUUCGUAAUACUUUCCAGUCAGGAUUUCUUUCGAUUUUAUACAGCAUUGGUAACAAGCCUUUACAAAUAUGGCAUACCGAGACAGAUUCUAAACAUGAAGAAAGUCAUGUUUCUCGAGUCACAGAUGAAGACAUACAUUCUGUAGUCAUAGAAGUAGUCUCACCGAAUGUUGCUACGACUUACAUAACGUGCCCAGCGCAAUUGAAUAGAUCCCUUGGGAUCAAACUUCCGAUUCUCGUUCUUAUUGUAAAAAAUUUGAAAAAAUAUUUCACGUUCGAGGUCCAAAUAAUGGACGAUAAAAAUGUGAAAAGACGAUUCAGGGCAUCAAAUUUUCAAGCAGUAACUCGAGUCAAACCAUACAUUUGUACCAUGCCUAUGCGAUUAGAUGAAGGAUGGAAUCAAGUUCAGUUUAAUCUUGCAGAUUUCACUCGACGAGCUUACAGUACAAAUUAUGUUGAAACUUUAAGAGUACAAAUACAUGCAAAUUGUAGGUUAAGAAGAAUAUAUUUUGCGGAUAGAGUUUACGCCGAAGAAGAAUUACCACCAGAGAUGAAACUUUGGUUGCCGGUAGAUAGACAACAUGAAUAA